UUCCACUCCAGCUUUUUCACUUCUGAAACUGGAAGGUCCUCAGCCUAAAAGUCGCCAAGUUAAUCUGAGGGAAACAGAAAAGACUGAGAGAUUCCGAACUAGGAAUUGAUUAGGCAAGAAUGAGGCCCUUUGUUGAUUUUUCCUUAGGAGCAGUUCAUCUAGAGAAUGCGGUAAGUAGCCGGCUGAGUUGGAGUGUUCCCUCUAUGCAGGAGAUUACAGUAAACCAUGAUGCCAACGAUGAGUCAGAAUGUUUGGUACUGAUGUAGCAGCAGCCUUUUCUCGAGCUGAGCGUCGGCUCGCUCCCAGAACCCUCUCUGCCCCUGUCUGUCGGUCUCUUUCUCUCGGUCUCUCCAUCCUUCUCUUUCUCGCGCUCCUCCCACCUCCAUCCUGGUGAUGCCUGGUCCAGUCCACGCUCCGAGAGAACAGUGAUCCCCGCCGCCCUCUCCCGCCCGUGCCCACGUCUAAAGGCUUCCAGCCCUGCGGCUGUGACAGCCUGGCCCAGGCCAGCCUCCCGGAGCGCGGCCACCUCGCCACCGACGCCUGCACCGGCACUGGCAUUGGCACCAGCUCGAGGCUGCCCAAGCUUUGCCCCCAGGCCCCUCCGCAGGAUGCCCGCCGGGAAGGCAGCUAGAGGCCGGCUCGAAGGCCCUUGACGCGGGCUGCCACAGCCAAGGACGCCUUCCUAGCCCGGAGGCGCCCCGUCCAGAGCCCCCUACCCGCGGCCUCGGGCCGCACCGUUCCCCGAAGCCGCGCCCGAACGCCAUCCUCUUCCCUCCUACCCUCGAAGGCGCGGCCCCCGGGGGCCCCUGCACCCGCUGGCUGAUGCCCUAGGGCUGGGGGAGGCCGAGCGCCCGGCCGCCGGCUUAGCCCCGCCCCCCCGACGCCGCGCAGCCCGCGCGCGGGGGCGCCCGCAGCCUCCCGAGCCGCAGCCCCGUCCCGCAGCCAGGCCCGCCACGCUGGCGCUGCUUCGGGUCGGAGGCCGACGGCUGAGCGGGGCCAGCAUGGAGGCUAUCUGGCUCUACCAGUUCCGGCUCAUUGUGAUCGGGGACUCCACGGUGGGCAAGUCCUGCCUCAUCCGCCGCUUCACCGAGGGCCGCUUCGCCCAGGUCUCCGACCCCACCGUGGGGGUGGAUUUCUUCUCCCGUCUGGUGGAGAUCGAGCCCGGGAAGCGAAUCAAGCUACAGAUCUGGGACACCGCGGGCCAGGAGAGGUUCAGGUCUAUCACCAGAGCCUACUACAGGAACUCUGUAGGUGGCCUUCUCUUAUUUGACAUCACCAAUCGCAGGUCCUUCCAGAAUGUCCACGAGUGGUUAGAAGAGACCAAAGUCCAUGUCCAGCCCUACCAGAUUGUGUUUGUUUUGGUGGGUCACAAGUGUGACCUGGACACCCAACGGCAAGUGACCCGACACGAGGCAGAGAAAGUUGCUGCUGGGUAUGGUAUGAAGUACAUUGAGACCUCAGCCCGAGAUGCCAUUAAUGUGGAGAAAGCCUUCACAGACCUGACUAGAGAAAUCUAUGAGCUGGUCAAAAAGGGGGAGAUUACCAUCCAGGAAGGCUGGGAAGGGGUAAAGAGUGGCUUUGUGCCAAAUGUCGUUCACUCCUCAGAAGAGGUUGUCAAAUCAGAUAGGAGAUGCCUAUGUUAGCCAACCCUAGUAAGCCAGACACAAUUUUUAUUAAUAAAACAUACUGUACUAACUGAACAGAAAUGUAAUGGAGAGUUGUAGCAUACUAGUGUGCUCACCAGCAGGUGAGAGUAACUUUAGCCACAGAUGAGAAUGAUGUCACAUUCCCAAUAACCCUAUUUCCAAAUGGGAAAUCCAGACCUUGUCAGAAAGGCACAAUGGUGGAUAUUUGUGUUGAGGGUCUGUGGGAGCUGGAACAGAGAGGAAACUAAAAACAAAAAAACCAAAACCCCCUCCCAACCCCAACCCCAGAAUUGCCAUAUUCCAAGGGAAUUGUAGGUGAAGUGUCUGAGCUCAGGGAUCAUUAUCACUGCUAUGUUCUGCCUCCUCUCCCCAGCCCUGGUGCUUCAGAGUAGCUUCUCCUACAGUGAGGUGGAGGCUGCUUGAGUUGCUCUCCAAGGACCCUUGCAGUCCCCAAAUUGUACAGUUCUAAUAGACAUAAUGCCAUGGGAUCCUUUUUUGAGGGGGUGGGGAAGAGGAGGGGAAAGGUCUGCCCCUGGGAUUUCAUUGAUGUGGGGGGAACUCGGGAUGAAAACACCCUCCACCAAUUCAGAUGAACACUUGUUGUGCAACUUAAUGUCUGAGAGAGAGAUGCUCAGGUGCUGAGAGGCUAAAUAAUUUGCUCAGAAUUACACAGCCAGCAUGAGUCAGAGGCAGGUCUUUCUGAAACGAAAUAGCUCUUUAUCCACUAUACUACAAUACCUCUCAAAAUUUUAGUGGGUCGUGAUUGCUAAUCUAACAAGUGGAAGAGAAAAAUUCAAAACCUGUUGUUUCUAAAGCCCUUGGUCCUGGAUGGGCUUCAGCCCGUCUGUGUGAGGAGCCCUGGCAGGAAACUUUAACUUCCAUAGAGUUUAUCCUUCCUUCACCCUGAUCCUACGCUUUUCCAAAAUGAACAAACCAAGAGUCUUAAACUCUUUGUCUUCAGUGGCAAGUUGAGAAGCCAGCUGUUGUGGGUUUGGAAAAUAAACCCAUGUAUCCAGAGGCCCGAGUCUCCACUUUCCAUCCAGGCCUUCUUUGUUCCUGUGAAGCAGGGGAACCUAGGGAACCUGGGAAAUGACAAGUGGUAGCUGAGCUCUUCUGCUACUAGGAAAUCAUUCAGAACAUCUUAAGCUGUACUUGGGGAGUGCCCUGGUCCCAGUUUCCUCUAAGCCAUUCACAUCAGUUGGGGAAAUACAAGAAGAAAUUUUGUGCUGUAUCGAGCAGAAGUGCAUUAGCUUGUUGGGAACAUGCAAUGACAGUUAUUCAAUUUGGGAACCUGAAGAACAAAGUAGAAGGAAGGACCUUUGGGGGACUACCUAGUGUGGCCACCACAUGGGCCUCUUUUAAUGAGAGGUGGCAGACUGACCUCAGGCCAGGGAUGGGGGCAGAUACCAUCUGUCAGUGGGAUAUUUAUUCAGAGCUCCUGAUGUGUGUGCUCAAUGCCAGGCAAGAGGGAGAAGGAAGACAAGUGAAGGAAAUCUCCCAGACUAGUAGGGAGGGAAGAAGACAACUUCCUCACAUUAACAGAUGAUGAAAUAGACCCAUAACAAAGGACACAUAUACAUGCAGCCAGAUCAGUUUCUUCUCUACUUUAUAGUAGCUGGACAGGUUCUUGAGCCAAAAAAAAAAAAUGGAAUGAGUCCAUUAAGCUGAAAACAGCUUGGGGGCCCACAGUGCACAGACCUGGAGUCAGGAAGUCCUGAAAGACCCCAAGCACAGUCACUUCACUAAGUGUCUGCUUCAGUCUCCUCACCUGUAAAAUGGGAGUAAUAAUAGCCCCUACCUCAAAGGGUUGUUGUGAGGAUCAAAUGAGAGAGAUCUGUAAAGUGCUUAGAGCUUCUAUUAUUUCCUCCACACCCUACCUCACCCCCAGCCUAAUGAUCAAGAAGGUGGAUUUUUUUUUCUUAAUUGGGAAAACUAACAGCACAGGUUGGGGCUCUCUUGAAAAUGACUACUGUGUUGGUUUCCCCAGUGGAAUGCAAGCUGGAACCCUCCUAGUGUUUGGCAUUUUUUUUUCCAGUGUCCUGUGUGUGAGGAAGAAAUAACUGAGUGAGGUACCUCUGAAAUGAGGGCUUGAGAGCUCGGUUUCACCUGCAGCCAACAACCCACCUUUCUCACCCCAUUUAGCAUCCUAACCUGGCAAGAGUGCUGAGCUCAAGAUCAAUAUGGGUUCAUUCCACCAACAACCAUUUGUCAUGGAUGGGCGCCACAAAUCUUACACUGAGAUGCCCACUUUUCAAGGCGGUCUUUCCCCUCAUUUGAUUCUCCCAACAACUCUGUGAAGUCAGACAGGCAGGGAUAUUUGUCCACAUUUUACAGGUACCAAAACUUAUUAGCCCCAGAGAGAAAGAAGCUCUGAGAUCAAGCAGCUGGUGAUUGACAGAUGAGAUUCCAAUCCAGAUCCCCAGCAUAUCACACCACACUGUCCCUCACUGGCACUGACCUUAGACUCAGGGGUAGGAGAGACCUUAGAGAUUAUUUAGGCCAGCCCUCCUCCCUCUUGAACAACUGGGGAUUGGUGGGGAAAUAUCACAAUAUUUGUUUUUUCAGCAGUAGUACAUUUUAUUAAAGUACACACCGAGGGAAUGGGAUUCUUUUUAAAAGAUAAAACAUUUAUUAAGCAUUCAAUCGUUACAUUCUUUUUAUUCAUAAAGAAAUCCACUAAGAUUUAGCUACACCUAAAUUUUAAAUUAACUAAACAUUCCAAAUGAGCCACAACUUUUUGGGAGAGGCGUUAGGGUAUGACUGGCCCCACACCAUGAGUAGCAGCAUCCUGUACUCUCCAGUUGGGUUUUUGUGCCACCAGACCAUAAGCUUUUGAACUGUUUCCAUAUAAAGAAAGGUUCUUGGUAUUCAAUGUUGGCUAUAUUUUUGCUACAAAAGCAUGAGUUCUUGCUCUAGUUAGUUGUAAUCUAAUCACAAUUCCUUUUCACAAGAACUUCCAUCACUAGAUGAAUAUGCCAAAGAGGAACCAAGUUCAGCCACUGAAGACAACAAAUAAUUCGUGAGAGGAAGCCCAAAAGGCCUAACUUGUAGUGGACAAUUUCACAAGAGAAUCCACAUUUGAAUUGAAUUAGGAAGUAUAUUAAUGAUGUGAAAACUAGUGGCUAGUGAGCUUGACUUUGAUUCCAAGCAAUAUCAUGGUAGCAUUUUUGAGCAUUAAGCAGAGGAUAGAAUUAAUUUCCAUGAACCAAUAUGGAAUUGCCAAAAAUUCAUACUAGGCACUCCCUAUUUCCUUGUUUUUGACAGGGUUAUUAUAUUAGUCUAUCAGGGAAACAGUCCUAAGGUGCCAGUCCCAACUCUGCUACUUGCUGUGUGAUUUUGGACAAGUUGCUUAAACUCUCUGGGCCUCAGUUUUCUCAUCUGUAAAGUGAAAGGGUUCUACUACAUGACUCCUAAGGUCUUUAUUCUAAAUCUGUGAUACACGAAAGUGGCCUGUCGAAUCCUUGUGGACAAGAUGGAGAGAGAUGUCCAGUGGCAUGCCGCAAGGCUCUUUGAUUUUUUUUAAAAGCCCAAUUACUUGCACAAAGGCAUCUGGGAGGGACAACUAACACCUUUGACAACAGAAUCAGGAUCCAAAAAGAACUGCUGGGCCAAAUCUAAGAAGAUUAAAGUUAAUGAGGAUAAAUGGAGGCCUACAUUUAGGUUAACAAAUCGAUACAGUUGUCUAGAGUGGGGAGAUAUGGCAAAUAUGGUGAAAUGGCAAAUGUCCAAGGGAGAAAACUUGAAAGCCAAGUCAUUCCAGAGAUUAGUCAGAAGACAAGAGGGAGAGUGACUUUUGUCCCCAAGUAUUCGAAGGACCCCCUAUAGAACAGCAACUCAGUCCUGGAGCCCAGAAUCAGGAUGAAAAGGUAGAAGACAGAAAGCAGCAGGGUCCUGGUCUCUAUCUUUGAGCUUCCCCAAGGGGCUCAGGGCUGUUCCUUGCCUUCUUCCCUUAUCACCUGCUUCUGUUGAUGUGCUAACACCCACCCUUUGGACUUCUGACCCCUGUAUCUCCAGGUAUCUAAGUGCUCCCUCCCUCCCCCAUCCCACUCCCCAGUAGAAGAGGGUUUAUGAAGCACGAGCUCUUCUUGGAGAAGCUAGUUUCCUAAAGUGUCCAACUCUAACCUUCCCAGCCCCCAAGUAGAGCUCACCAUACCUCUUCCUGCCUGGGGUGGAGGGGUGUCCAUCCAUACAUGUGCCUUGAGGAGGCACAUGUAAAAAUAGAAAAUCUCCAGUCUGCUUCUCUCAAGUCCUGAUCAAUCUUCUGCUAGAAUUCCCUGUUCUGUUCUGUCCCUUCCCUAGAUGAGAGGACUUCUUCCUUACUCUCCCAGCACCAAUAGUAUUGGCUGUCUCUUAAAUUACUGAGUUCCCCUUCACUGCAGGUCUACAAGUGGAGGCUGGCUAAUCACUUGCUGAGAAUGGAGUAACAAGUUUUUUUGGUUCUAUGUAAGGGUUAGCCUGAAUGAUCUCUGAGGUCCCUUCUGGCUCCAGGUCUAUGAUGACAUGAGGAGUAACAAAAUCUGAGGGCAAUGGGUCUCAAGACAGCUCUCAGGGGUGGGGGGGGGAAACAAAAUCUCCCUUGAUUUGAUUUUCUGGGCUCAGUUCCUCCGUAAAAUGGAGAGGGGGGUGGAAAGAGAGGUGGGCUUGAGGGCCCUCCCAGUUCUCAAUCUUUGACCCUGAGUUACCAUGAUAGCCCAUUACCCCUCCUUCUGGUGGGGUGGGGGUGGGGGAAACAAAAUCUCCCUUGAUUUGAUUUUCUGGGCUCAGUUCCUCCGUAAAAUGGAGAGGGGGGUGGAAAGAGAGGUGGGCUUGAGGGCCCUCCCAGUUCUCAAUCUUUGACCCUGAGUUACCAUGAUAGCCCAUUACCCCUCCUUCUGGUGGGGUGGGGGUGGGGGUGGGAGAGGAUGAUAAAUAAUUGUGAAACAUUCCAGUUCUUGGUUCCAUUUUCCAAGGACCUAGGCUUAAAGAAACCAGUCUUUUGAAGCAGAGUAUCACAAAAAUAUAAAGGCUCCCUUACCUGCCAGAAGGGAACAGAUAAUGUUAGUGUUCUAAGACUAUUCCCUGCAAAUUAGGGAGGAAAAAGAGCACGCUCAUCUAAAUCUCUUGAGGCAUUCAAGUGCUUUCCCCAAGGAGCCCUCAGAUCAUAACUGUACAGCUAAAAAGGACUUCAGGGGUUUGCUCUUCCAACCCCUUUAUUUUACAGACAAAGAAACCAAGGCCCAGAGAGGUCACCCAACAUGAGGACCUAGCCUUGCAAAGCAUCUGACAUACACUGUCUCUCCUCUGACCUUCUCCACAAUCCCAGCUCUAACACUAACUCCCUUUGUGACACUGGAAGUCCAUUCCCCAUUCUUGGUCUCCAUUUCUUCUCUCCAAUGAGGGGGUUGGACUAGAUAAGCUCUGACUUCCCCUUUGAGUUUGUGAGGUCAGCCCCACAAGUCUAUUAUUCAUUCCCCUUCUACAGAUGAGAAAAUUGAAGGCCAGGUGACGUCCAAGAUCACCUAGCUAGUAGUUUUCUGUUUUUCGUGUUAAUGGAAAGGAGCAUGAGCAAUCCAAAAUACCACUAAAUUUAUUCUGAAAUUCCCACGUGAAUGUGGGCAUGUCAUCAGUUUGCAAAAAAAUAAAGCCACAGGGGAAGGGCCCAUGUAGGAGCCGGAAUGGGAUUGACUGGCUGAGAAGCAAAGCUCCCACGUGCUCAACGCUGCUUCAGAGCAGAAUUUGGAUCUGUGACUAGGGGCCAUGAUUCUGAUUCUUGUCUCUGCCACUUGUCAACUGUUAAACCCCACUAGACUGUUUUCUCCUCAGUAAAAUGAGAGGCUUGGACUAAGUGGGCCCCAGGGUCCAUUCCAAUCCUUAGAUUUUGUCCUGGGACACAGCUUUGGAGCUGGAAGAUAUGGCUCAGACUGAGCUAGAACCCUCAUCUCAGUCAGCUCCCUGCUCCCAACAAAGGCACAAGCAGACAAUGAGUUGAUCCUAGCUUUCCUUGGAUGCCCAGGUCAGGUGUCACCUCCAUCAGGAAGGAAAUCCUCCCCAGGAAGGGCUCUUUCCCUGGUCUCCUCACUCUUACCCCAAGUGUGUCAGGCAUCUUGGGGAGGAUUUUCCUAUGCAUCUAUGACAUUAGAAAAUGUGUUCUAGUUUUCAUAUGCUGUCUUGUCCUCACUGGACUUCGAGGUCCAUUGGAACAGGGCCCAGAUCAUUUGUCACCUCUGUCCCCAGCACCUAAUCCUGGUACUCACUGUGGGUACUUAACACGGUGAAUUGAAUUGUAUUUUAGGCAUUCCCUAGCUUGAGAGAGAGGGGUGUUUUGGUCGAAGAAACCAGUUGCAAGGCUUUAUUGGUCAAAAUCAAAGAAAAUGACAACUGGGCCAACUCAAGACUUCAUCACCUACUCAAAUCUGAAAGCAAGGUUAUUUAGUGGAUAAUUGAGUUUGACUGUAUGAGGCCAGUUGUGAAAAGGGCAGAGGCAAAAUUUCUCUAAAGUCUUUGCUAGAGAAAUCCAUUCUGUGUACACUUUCCCAUCUGCUGGCAUUUUCCAGUCUGACUGACUGGAAGUAUUCAGAAAAUUUAAGAUCCAGCAGGUAACUGUAAAAUAUAUUUGCUAACUAGACUAGAGAGAAACUUUUGUUGUUCAAAGCACAUGUUUCAGUGAUCUGAUAACUGGACACUAAGCCGAGAAUGAAUGGUUGUUAAAGGACUUCUAAGGACUUACUUAGCUUUACAAGCUCACUCACUAGAUAUGUCAGGGUGAACACAAGAAAAAACUGGAAACUAACUUUUCUGGUACCCACGGAUCACGUUCAAAACUGCAUGUUGGAGCACAGAUCUGUGGUCUGAAUUUCAAAAACUCCCAAAUAAAAUACUACUAUAUACGUUCCCUUGCCUUCUGUUAUGCACUGUAAUGAAAUGUGAAAAAAAAAAUGCUGUAUUUUGUUGUCUGUGAAUCAAAACAUGCUUGUAUUUAUUAAAAUGGUCAAUAAUGUGAUUGUGAGAUUCCACAUGUAAAAGAACAAAUCCAGCAACAACAACAAAAAAAAAAAACCUGUUUCUUUUUUCUUGGUCACAGUUCUGUGUUAAUGGAUGUUCAGCACCAUGCCUAAGAAUUCAAUAUAAAGAAGACCAAUAAAAAUAAAAGUGCAUUGUUUAUAAUAGAAUUCAAUGUCAUAUCAAAGCUUUAAAAAAAAAAGGUGGGUGUGAUUUUU